CGCGUGCGCAUGCGCCUCUGGAGGGGCUAACCGGAGCCUCUGGGGCGUUUCGUGCGGCUGUUAGGAACCGCAGCUGUGGGAGGAGCCUCUUCCUCACCGUGGAAACCACAGCGCCGCCGCUGCCCCGCCUCGCUGGCCUCGGGAGUGUGGUCGCCCUGGGUGAGGGUGCUUGACCGCCGGAAGUAGCUGCCGCCAUGCAAGGGGAGGACGCCAGAUACCUCAAAAGGAAAGUUAAAGGAGGUAAUAUUGAUGUACAUCCAUCAGAAAAAGCACUUAUUGUUCAGUAUGAAGUGGAAGCUACCAUUCUUGGAGAAAUGGGUGAUCCCAUGUUGGGAGAACGAAAGGAAUGCCAAAAAAUUAUUCGUCUGAAGGGUCUCAAUGCCAACACAGAUAUAAUUUCCCUGGCACGGAAAGUGGUUGAAGAAUGUAAACUUAUUCAUCCCUCAAAGCUAAAUGAAGUAGAGCAGCUGUUGUACUAUCUGCAGAACCGCCGGGAUUCAUUGUCAGGAAAAGAAAAAAAAGAAAAAUCAAGCAAACCUAAAGAUCCACCUCCUUUUGAAGGAACAGAGAAACUGCCCUUGGUGCACUAGCAAGAGUCCUGAGAGAAGACUGGAAGCAAAGUGUUGAGUUAGCUACAAACAUUAUUUAUAUCUUUUUUUGCUUUUCCAGCUUUUCUCAAUUUCACGGAGUAAUCACUCACUAUAAAAUUGGAGCUCUGUGUAUGAAUAUCAUUGAUCAUGAGUUAAAAAGACACGAGCUUUGGCAAGAAGAACUUUCUAAGAAGAAGAAGGCCGUUGAUGAAGACCUUGAAAACCAAACCUUGAAGAAAGAUUAUGAAAAAACCUUUAAAAAGUACCAGGGGCUUGUGGUAAAACAAGAACAGCUAUUGAGAGUUGCUCUUUAUUUGCUUCUGAAUCUAGCUGAGGAUACUCGUACAGAACUGAAGAUGAGGAAUAAGAAUAUAGUUCACAUGUUGGUGAAGGCUCUUGAUCGGGACAAUUUUGAGCUGCUUGUUCUAGUUGUAACAUUCUUAAAGAAACUCAGCAUUUUUAUGGAGAAUAAAAAUGAUAUGGUGGAAAUGGAUAUUGUUGAAAAACUGGUGAAACUGAUACCAUGUGAGCAUGAAGAUUUACUGAAUAUCACUCUCCGGCUUUUACUAAACCUGUCCUUUGACACAGGACUGAGGAAUAAGAUGGUACAAGUUGGACUUCUUCCAAAACUCACUGCACUCCUAGGCAAUGAAAACUACAAACAAAUAGCAAUUUGUGUGCUUUACCACAUAAGCAUGGAUGAUCGCUUUAAAUCAAUGUUUGCAUACACUGACUGUAUACCACAGCUAAUGAAGAUGCUCUUUGAAUGUUCAGAUGAACGAAUUGACUUGGAACUCAUUUCUCUCUGCAUUAAUCUUGCUGCUAACAAGAGGAAUGUACAGCUGAUCUGUGAAGGAAAUGGGCUAAAGAUGCUCAUGAAACGAGCUCUGAAGUUCAAGGAUCCAUUACUAAUGAAAAUGAUUAGAAACAUUUCCCAGCAUGAUGGACCAACUAAAAAUCUGUUUAUUGAUUAUGUUGGGGAUCUUGCAGCCCAGAUCUCUAAUGAUGAAGAGGAAGAGUUUGUGAUCGAGUGUUUGGGAACUCUGGCAAAUUUGACCAUUCCAGACUUGGACUGGGAACUGGUUCUUAAAGAGUACAAGAUGGUUCCAUACCUCAAGGAUAAACUGAAACCAGGUGCUGCUGAAGAUGACCUUGUUUUAGAAGUGGUUAUAAUGAUUGGAACUGUAUCUAUGGAUGACUCUUGUGCAGCAUUGUUAGCUAAAUCUGGAAUAAUCCCUGCCCUUAUUGAAUUGCUAAACGCUCAACAAGAAGAUGAUGAAUUUGUGUGUCAGAUAAUUUAUGUCUUCUACCAGAUGGUUUUCCACCAAGCCACGAGAGAUGUCAUAAUCAAGGAAACACAAGCUCCAGCAUAUCUCAUAGAUCUGAUGCAUGAUAAAAAUAAUGAAAUCCGAAAGGUCUGUGAUAAUACACUGGAUAUUAUUGCUGAAUAUGAUGAUGAAUGGGCAAAGAAAAUUCAGAGGGAAAAAUUUUGCUGGCAUAACUCUCAGUGGCUGGAGAUGGUAGAGAGUCGUCAAAUGGAUGAGAGUGAGCAGUACUUGUAUGGUGAUGAUCGAAUUGAGCCAUAUAUCCAUGAAGGAGAUAUUCUAGAAAGACCUGACCUUUUCUACAGCCCAGAUGGAUUAAUUGCCACUGAAGGAGCCAUGAGUCCAGAUUUCUUCAAUGACUAUCACCUUCAGAACGGAGAUGUAGUUGGACAGCAUUCAUUUCCUGGCAGCCUUGGGAUAGAUGGCUUUGCCCAACCAGUUGGUAUUCUUGGACGCCCUGCCACAGCUUAUGGAUUCCGCCCUGAUGAACCUUACUACUAUGGUUAUGGGUCUCAGUAAAAUCAUCCCUUCCUCUGUUUACUCUCAGAAGAAACCUUCGUGGAUUGGAUUAACUUUGACCUUGACCUAAUUAUGCAUGUUUAUCCUAUUAUGCUCUGUAUUUCUUAUUUUUCCCUGUUGUUUCCAGAGAUUAACUCCAGCCUCUUUUGUCUUGAGUACAGUUGAUGCUAACACUGUUCAUUCUCGAACUACAUCUUAAGCCUGAAUAAAAUUUCCCAUGAGACUCAAAAGUGAAUGUUGAAAAGCUAUUAGACUGGAAAACCAACACUGUACAGCAAGUAGAAGUUCUGACCUUGGGAAGUAAGGCACUUGCAUUUGGGAAAUCUAACCCUGGGAUUCUGUCUUUUGUUGUUGUUGUUGUUGUUGUUGUUGAUGAUGAUGAUGAUGUUUUGUUUUUGUUUCCUCUCUGUAUUUCUUUUCAAAAGUACACAAAGAAGAUGUUAAAGGCAUGUAGUACAUCUUAAAUGAUUAUGGGUAACUAUCUGUCUAGAAAAAACUUCCCCUUUAGUUUACAUUUUAUGAGCUUGGGACCAACUUAAGGUGGAAAAUUAUAAAAGGAUGAUUUUUUCCUGUGUUCCUCUAAAUGUAAGUUGAAGAGUAAAGAGACUUCAAACUUGGUUUUAUAAUGAUGGAGAUGAACAGAUUCCAUCUAGCAAUCUAUAGCCCUUCUCUCUUUCCCCCUCUAUUAUUAUUUUUAAGUCUAUAGUGUUGACUAACAAGAAAAACAUAAUCAGAGUAGCUUAAAGUAUUAAAAAGAAAAACAGUGGUACCUCAGUUCACAGACACAGAAGUGUUUGACAAGAUUUUGCUUCCAUUUGCAAACUCCACAUCCCAUGACAGAUGACUGUGGCCAUCUCCCCCAGAAUAGUAGAACAAAUUAAGUUCAUGAACCAAGGUACCACAGUACUCUUAUGACUUACAUAAGAAAAACAGAAUGCUGAUAUCCCCUAGGGAAAAUUCUGACUGUGAUUAUAAACCUACAAUCAAGAAAAUGAUUAUUAUAAUUCAGCAUGGUAAGGUAGCUUAAGAGUGAAAUGUGAUUUAAUGUAAUUAUAUUAUAUAUAAUGUAUGUUUUCCUGUUUGUCCCUCUGCCUGUUAAUCUGUUUUUAAUAACUAGUUGACGUACUUGCAGCUGCUUCAAUAAAAAUAAAGUUCAUAUCAAUGUA